ACAUUACCCUUAAUCUAAUGCCAUACACUCUCCUCCACCACCACCACCACCACCACCAUGCACACACUCACACGCAAAGAUAAAAAGGCCAGCAAUCAUCACCACCAAAAGCCCCCUUACCAUUUCCCAAGAACCAAAUCCUACACACCUUUGAGUUUGAGUUUUUGAGUUUCUUGCUCUCAAUCUUUCUCUGUUCCUCUAACCGAGCCAUGAGAGUACCCGUCACCACACCCCAAACCAACAACAACAUCAACAACAAUCAAUCUCCAAACCCUAAACCCGAAACCAACCUGGGAUUCCACACUCCUUCCCGCAUCAAUCCAAAUCUCUGCUACGAGCCAACCUCGGUUCUCGACCUCCGCCACAGCCCCAGCCCCGUGGCGGCCGAUAAGCCUUCCAAAGUUUCACCCAUCUCCGACGUCCUGACUCACCAUGAUCAGCCUCUGGAGUGGGACGAGCAGGUCGACUGGGACUCCAUCAUGAGAGACUUGGGCUUGCACGACGACUCUGUCCCAAACCUGAAAGCUACUACUACUACUAACACACACCUGAACCACCACCAUAACAGCGAGCCUCAGAUUCAUCAUCUCCCGGAGUACCCUCACCCUCAGCCGUUCGAUCCCACCCAGCUGGUCCACUCCGACUUCAGCCUCUCCGAGGUCUACUCCUCCCAGAACUUCAGCCACCACAAUCUCACUUCAUAUGAUCAGACCGACACUCAUCCAUCCCUCAACUCCAACGUAGGGUUCGAUUUCAUAGAGGAGCUGAUCCGAGCCGCGGACUGUUUCGACUCGGACGAGCUCAACCUAGCUCAGGUGAUCCUGGACCGGCUGAACCAACGCCAGAGAUUGAUCUCUCCCAACUCAAAACCGGUCGGAAAGCCUCUCCAGCGCGCCGCGGUUUAUUUCAAGGACGCUCUCCAGUCCCUCCUGAACACCUCGACCGGUUCAAGUCCGGUCCGCAACCUCUCCUCCUGGUCUGAGAUUGUCCAGACCAUCAGAGCCUACAAGGGCUUCUCCGGAAUCUCACCGAUCCCGAUGUUCUCGCACUUCACAACAAACCAGGCCCUCCUGGAAGCCCUAAACGGCUCCAGCUUCAUCCACGUCAUCGACUUCGACAUCGGCCUCGGCGGCCAGUAUGCUUCGCUGAUGAAAGAGCUCGCCGAGAAAGCUGACGUGUCGAGGACCAACCCUCCGGUGCUGCGCAUCACCGCCGUCGUUCCGGAAGAGUACGCCGUCGAGAGUAGGCUGGUGAGAGAGAACUUAUCACAGUUCGCUCAGGAGCUCAGGAUCAGGUUCCAAAUAGAUUUCCUUCUUGUCCGAACCUUCGAGAUUCUAUCAUUCAAGGCCGUCAAGUUUAUGGACGGAGAGAAGACGGCGGUUCUGCUGUCGCCGUACAUCAUGCGCCGCCUCGGCGCCGCCGAUAACGUCGGUGCGUUUCUAGGCGACAUGCGGCGCGUGUCGCCGAGCGUGGUGGUGUUCGUCGACGGCGAGGGGAUGGCCGAGUCCGGAGCGACGUCGUUCAGGAGAAACUUCGUCUCCGGGCUCGAGUUCUUCUCGAUCAUGAUGGAGUCGCUGGACGCGGCGGUGCCGGGCGGCGAGAUGGUGAGGAAGAUCGAGGCGUUUCUGCUGAGGCCGAAGAUCGAGGCGGCGGUGGAGGCCGCGGGGAGGCGGGUCCCACCUUGGCGGGAAGUGUUUCACGGCGCGGGAAUGAGGGCCGUGGAGCUGAGCCAGUUUGCGGACUUUCAGGCCCAAUGCUUGUUGGGCAAGGUCCAGGUCAGGGGGUUCCACGUGGCGAAGCGGCAGGCGGAGCUGGUGCUGUGCUGGCACGAUAGGGCCCUGGUGGCCACGUCGGCAUGGAGGUGUUAGGGGAUUUAGGGAUAGCUUUAGUUAAAUAAGUAGCUCUUAAUUAAGGAAAUUAUGGGUUAUAUAUACUCUCUGUGUUUAGUGUUAACUAUUGGGGUUUGGGGGAGAUUGGGAUGUAAGUAAGGGGAUGUAACUUUAAAGAUCCUGACCAGUUUGUUACGAAGGGUUUGGGAUCAGGUUUCUGUUGGUGCAAGUUUUCAUGGUUUUUGUCACUUUCUGUAACUUUUUGCUUGUUUUAUG